CUUUUUCACGCUUUGACCACUAAUGGCGCCAACAGGACGUUCCUCCUUUGGUCUGCUGCUUCUGCUGCUUUUGCUGCUGCUCUGCGUGGUCAAUCACGUCCAGUUGGCACAGGCAGCCAACGCAUGUGGAACUGGCGGUGUAUGCAGUUGCUCGGAAACGCUUGUCGAUUGCCAAAACCUGGGUCUCUCAGACAUUCCAACCGCAAUCCCAGCGACUACAACGAUACUGUAUCUGCAGGACAACCAGAUCAGCACCAUUUCUGCUUCUGCGUUUGUCGGCCUGACUGCGUUGACCGUCCUGAUUCUGCAAGACAACCACAUUUCCAGCAUUGAUGCCGCUGCAUUCACAGACCUUACGGCGCUGAAACAAUUGAAUAUGCAAGGCAACGGGAUCGCCAGCAUUCCCGCAACCGCAUUUACCAGCCUCACUUCGUUGAACUUCUUAUACAUGGGCACCAACCAGAUCACCAGCAUGCCCUCCUCGCUAUUCGCAGGCCUGACUGCGCUGUAUUUCAUAAGUCUGUCUUCCAACAAAUUUACCAGCAUUCCCUCCGAUGCAUUCACAGGCCUGACUGCGCUGACACAAUUGGAUUUGCAAUACUGCCCGAUCACCAGCGUUCCAGCCAAUGCAUUUGCAGACCUGACUGCACUGAAAGUUCUAUAUCUGAAUGGGAACUGGAUCACCAGCGUUUCUGCGAACGCUUUCACAGGCCUGGUUGCGCUGACUUCUCUAAAUCUGAAUCAGAACCUGCUGACUGGCGUUUCUGCAAAUGCAUUCACUGGUCUGACUGCGUUAAAUUACUUAUAUCUACAUCUCAACCAGAUUGUCGAUAUUUCUGCAAACACAUUCGCCGGCCUGACAGCGCUGACUAGAGUGACUUUAAAUGGCAACCCCCUCACGACUUUGCCGCCCGGUCUGUUCAAAGGCUUGCCAAAUGGCUUGGCGUUGUCGUUUUCUUACCCAUAUCUGGCCCCCAACAACUUUACCUUUGGUGGAAACUCUGUUGCUCCACCCAGCACAUACGGCAGCGCAGCCACUCCAUAUACCUGCGCCACCUGCUAUGCUACUGGGUCCAGCUCGUGUUGCCCGAACAAUUGCUUGUACUGCUCUUCAUCCACUGUGUGCACUCAGUGCUAUGAAGGUUACGUUCCGAUGAGUGGAUCAUGCGUGUCGCUUGCUUCCCUUGCUUCCCUUGCUUCCGUCGCGUCCACGCAAUCCGCCUCGAUUGCGUCACUUGUUUCGGCGAGCUCUGCAUCCUUUGCUUCCAUCGCUUCCGCGUCAUCAGUGUCCCUUGCCUCCGAGGUCUCCGCAUCGUUUGCCUCCGCUGCAACUGCCUCUUCGGCGUCAGUUGCCUCCGAGGUGUCCGCCUCGUUUGCCUCUGAUGCUUCUGCUGCCAGCGCGUCGCACGCAUCCGCCGCUUCAGAUGCUUCCGUUUCCUCGGCAUCCUUUGCUUCCCUCGCUACGGUGUCUUCAGCCUCAAUUGCCUCCGAGGUCUCCGCAUCGUUUGCCUCCGCUGCAACUGCCUCUUCGGCGUCAGUUGCCUCCGAGGUGUCCGCCUCGUUUGCCUCUGAUGCUUCUGCUGCCAGCGCGUCGCACGCAUCCGCCGCUUCAGAUGCUUCCGUUUCCUCGGCAUCCUUUGCUUCCCUCGCUACGGUGUCUUCAGCCUCAAUUGCCUCGCAGGUGUCCGCAAGUGUCGCUUCUGAUCUCUCCGCCACCUCGGCAUCCUUUGCUUCCAUCGCUUCCGCAUCAUCUGCUUUGAUUGCAUCUGCUGCAAGCACCUCAUUCGCGUCUGUCGCUUCCGAUGCUUCCGCUUCCUCGGCAUCCUUUGCUUCCCUCGCUACGGUGUCUUCAGCUUCCGUUGCAUCCCAGGCGUCUGCAUCAGCUGCCAGUGCUUCUUUUGUGUGGCAGACAUCUGCUGCAUCUGCCGCGUCCAAUGCUCCAAACGAUUCAAGUGACUCAGAUUCUUGGCCGAUUAUUCUCGGAGUCAUUCUUGGUCUGUUGGCACUCAUCUUGUUGGCUGCGCUGGCUGUGGCCCUUCGACGUCGUCGCUCGUCCAAUGCCUUUGCACCCAUUGGCACGGCCAACAAACGACGCGAAUCUGCAUCUGGCACGGAACCGACCUACCAGUCUGUUGAUCACAGAGCGUCCAAUGUUGCGAAUCCCACAUACGCAGCUGUGUCUGCUCCUGGAGAGCACGACUUGUACGAAGAUGUCGGCUCAAAGCCCCAGGCUCCUUCUGUCGGUUCGUCGGAACAGGUGUAUGCCGAAGCAUCUGUGUCUGCAUCCAGUACAGCGCAAGCGUCGGGUAGCGGCGUCGAGUACGCGGAUCCUUUACUGCUUAACGCAUCGAAUGUUCGUGCGCCGCCCACGUUCUCGCCCACCCCUUACGCAGCAGUGACUGUCGCACCCUCCUCACAGACCGAGCAGGCUGAGAAUGUCGACUACGCCGAACUCAAAAACUAG